AUGUCAAACUUGGUGCCGGAGACGAUUGCGCCAACAGUUCCAUUGAUAGAGGAAUUAGAGUCAUUACUUGAGUUUCUGACGCACCAGAAACCUUUACCAGUGGCAAACGACCGCGAAUAUAAUGAUCUGGCACUACUGAGCGAGAAGCAACUGGAUGCUAAGAUUCGUGAGCUUGAGAAUCGUAAUUUUUGUCUCAAUCUUGAUGAAGUAAAAGAAAUGCAGGACAGCUUUUGCCUCGUAUGUCGGAGAGAAUUGACAACGUCGUAUCUUACUCUUUACUAG